AUGGAGAAAAAGCUUUAUUGCAUUUUUGCGUAUGCAUUCCUAAUUAGCAUAACCUUCCUAAUGCUUUCUUGUGUAGCUAAACAACCUAUGAGCCUUGCCACUGAUCAAACUGCCCUUCUUUCACUCAAACAACACAUCACCUCCGACCCUUCUCUUUUACUUGCAACGAAUUGGACCAACUCGACCUCCGUCUGCAGCUGGAUUGGCGUCACUUGCAGCUUGCGCCAUCGAAGAGUUGCUGCGUUGAAUCUCUCCAACAUGGCUCUCUCCGGCACCAUUCCACCACAACUCGGACACCUCUCCUUCCUCGUCUCCCUCGACCUCACCAGCAAUCAUUUCCAUGGAGAUUUGCCUCAGGAACUAUCUCUGCUUCGCCGUUUGAAGUUCAUAUCUUUCCGACUCAACAACUUCACUGGAGACUUCCCUCUCAUGUUUUGUCAGUUACCAAAACUAGAGUACUUGAAUUUACGCAACAACAGCUUCAUAGGUUCCAUCCCAAAUUCUCUCUCGAACCUAACAAACCUACAAUUUCUUGACUUAACUUCCAAUUCUCUAAGUGGAGAAAUUCCAUCAGCUAUAUUCAACAUAUCGACCCUUGUAUCUAUAGGUUUGACAGGCAAUGAAUUGAGUGGAAGUCUUCCAACAGACAUGUGCAGUAAUCUUCCAUUUCUUACUAGGAUUUAUCUUUCUUAUAAUCAGCUGAGUGGCGCGAUUCCCACAAAUAUAUCCCAAUGUUCACGACUAGAGGUUUUGAGCAUCUCUAACAACUCGUUUAGUGGGCAGAUUCCUUCAGAAAUGGGGUACAUAACAUCACUUCAGGGGUUAUAUCUUGGUGGUAACAAUUUGAAUGGUUCACUACCACAUGAGAUUGGCAAUCUUCAGAACCUGGUUACUUUUGGUGUUGAACAGAAUGAGAUUUCUAGCGAUUUCAGUAUUUUCAUGAAUAUGUCUUCUCUGCAAAACAUAAAUCUAUGGCGCAACAAAUUCACAGGGAUCCUUCCAAGGGAAGUCGGCAAUAUUACCAUGCUAACAAAUUUGCAACUCCAAGAAAACCAUUUUACAGGUAUGACUGAAUAA